AACAAUAGAAAAUAAUAGAAUGUCAAAUAGAGCGUACGACCAGCUAGUUCUUCCCUACACUAUUAGAGGAUAUUUCCUGACGGCACCAGCAGUUUCCAAUCCAAUGGAAGGACAUGCCGACAAGCAUUUUUUUACGUUUCAUAAGCAUACAAAACUUCACAAGUGGUGGCGAAAUGUCUGCAAAAUUGAGGAUUGCCCUUGCAAAAAGGAGUCUGAUAUGUCCAAGAAACUCGGAGAUAGUAACGCAUUUGCGUGGGAUGCGAAGAUUGCAGCACGUGUCGUUGACAAUAUCAAAUUCGCAAUAAAUAUUUCUCAUUUCUCCCCCCAAGAGUUUUAUGUCGCUUGUAUUCUAACCUUUCUUUUCAAGUGGAGCUGUCUCAAAGAUCUACAAAUGGAAUAA